CUUAAAUGAAACAGUAUACUUUUGGGAGACCGGAAAGUACACAGAAAGACCGCACCGACAUGACUGGGCUCCCGCGCAUUCACUGUGACGUGGUGUCGCGUUGUGUAUCUUGGGAACACUGGGUAUGUACCCCGUCCCUGGCUGAAUUGGAAUAGUUUUUUUUUACGUUAGAAGUAAACUUUCUCUAAGCAUUAUUUCAACUGAUAUCAAACUGCAUUGCUUCAUUGUUAAGAAGCUAAUUUCGAACUGUUUCUAGGCCUAGCUAAAACUUGCAAGAACGAGAGUUUGUACUCAUCAGAAAAGCAGGCCACAGGGAGAAAGCAUAUGGAACCUUUAGAAACGAAUAAUAAUCCUCUACCAGCAUUACCAUACACCGGUAUGGAACUUGGAGAGUUUCAUAUUGCUUUGGCGUCCUUAUGUGGUGACGAAAAGAACAGCUCGGAGAGAGCUAAUAUCGACAUGAUGGAUCUGAAGCUCAAACCAGUCGAACAGCAACUCCAGUACCUACUGAAUAAAGCGGAUGAAUUGCAGGCGCAGGUUUUAUACAGGCGUGACAAUCUUCAGGAGGAAAACCUUGCUAUAGUGGUGCCUACUUUCCUGCGGACCUGUCAGCCUUACUUCUCUUACCUGGAGGACACCGCUCGAAGUUCCCACCCCCAGCGCACAUCCCUGCCCACGUACAUCUGCUCCCGUCUGUUAUUCUUCUCCCAGCAGCUGUGUGCGAGGCUGGAGAAGCUACUCCUGACGUAUGCUUCCUUUGACUUCAUAUCUCUGGAGGAGGUGGAGCCGUUCAGCUUCUCCCACUUCUUCAUAGGCAAGUUUUGGAUAGACAGUGUGAGGCUGUCCAUAUUCCGCUACUGUCGCCCAGCCCCGUACCUGGCAGAGUUUGACACUGGGCUGUACAAAUGUAUGCGCUGGAAUGUGGAGAGACACAGAGAGAGGCCAGACGAGGAGGGGGAGGAAAAGAUGGAGGGAGAGGAAGAUGAGAUAGUGGGAGUGGAUGGGAGAGCCAUCAACAUGGAGUAUUACUUCCUGUGCUACGAGGAUGUUCCUGAGGAGCCUGCCGACAGGGGCAGUAGAGGCGACGGAGGGGAGACAUUUGCUACAGGCAGAGUGGUCAGGAUGUGGUCAAUUGGUCAGUGGGUACAAACGCACCCUGACCCCGAGACAGACGACCUCUUGAUCUGGCUGCUGUACAGUGUUCCGCAGGCUCAGUACCACAGGCUUUUGUGCCUGGGGGAAGAAGAGCCCUCUACAUGCUGCGCCACCGACUGCUUACUGAGGGCGCUGUGCUUUCAACCGAGCCCAGACUGAUGCCAGUUCUGUCUAUGCUCAUAACAUGUUCCAGAUGAUUGAAGGGAUUUAAUAUGACUUAUUUUAGGAUUGUGUUCUUUGGCUUAUGUUUUCAGAUAUAUGUAAUGACUGGAAAAGACUGUAAGGGACAAACUCUUAAAUAGCUCCAGUUCCUGUUAGCCAUGUUUUAAGGCUUGCAGGAAAAAAAAAUGUUACGUUACCAACAGAAGUUUUAUUACCAUGCCCCGACUGCUCCCGACCAGCUAGUGAGACAUUUAUUUUAGUUUGUUCAUAUUCAUGGUUUUAUUGAGCACAUUUAUGUUACUAUGUUUGGUAGCCUGGUUGCCAGACUUUUUAGCUUAAAUUUCGGUCCCUGUUCUAUUGUGUCAUGUGCCAAAGUUUGCAAUAACAAGGAUGGGCAAGAAGUGAAAUGUUAGCUUAUUUAACUGGUACUCAGACUAGUUUUGUGUUUGGAUUUUUUAUUUUUUGUAAGAUGUUCAAUAGAACUAUUAAACUGUCAUUGAUUUGCUUUU